ACUAAUGCUCCCUGUUUUCCCAUCCUGAGUCACAUCACACUUGAUUAUUUACCUGUGCAAGGUUCCUUGGUGCCAUAUAUGAAAUGGUGUGCAAGAUUGCUUCCCAAGAACUUUGGUGACAUUCAGAUGGUGAAAGGCAAAUACAAGUGGGAAUGA